CCAUGGUGUUUCUGCCCUGUAAUUCUCUUCUCUUACAAAAACGCAACGCAGAGAAAGGCGGAGGACCCCGAUCCAAAGAGAGUCAAAAUUAUGAUAAUAUCGUAUCUUUGAAAUUUUAAAAGAAAAACACAGGAACGAGACUACUCCUUUUAGCUUCUCGAUUCUCUGCCUGUCCCUUUCAGGAAUUGAUUUUUUUUUCUUCGUUAGAUGUCAGUGUGGAAGAGGGAUUACUGCCGGCUGGAAUUGUGCAGAGGCAGAUAGCUGAAUGAUCAGGGUUUGAUCAAAUUCCCGUUAAGUGAUUUUGACUGCUACUGACCCGGGACGGUGAUAUUCGGUGCUUAUUUAGGGUUCUUGAUCAAGUUCUUGGCUGUAGGUUGGAUAUCUCGAACUGGGUUUCAGUCAAAAUUUAUUCUUGUUGCUUGAUUGUUUCUGGGGGCUUUAGAUUAUAUUGCAGAUUUUUAUUCGUGAUGUGCCCAAUAAUACUUUUCCUGUCAGUCGGAAAUUUCUUCUCUUUACCAUUCUUUCGAGAAUAGGAGUUGGGAGUGAAGUCUGGUACUUGUUUCAGAGUUCUUGAAAUUUUAUCGGUUCUAGUAAAGAAAUUUGAGAAUUUCAAUGGCCAAUCCACCUAAACCUUCGCUUGGAUAUUCUGUUUCUACAACUCCUUCACAAACAAACAGACAGACUCCUCAGUCAGAGAAAAGUCCAAUUCCACCUACUCCUCCUCCAACUUCAGUUUCACCUGUAGCACCUAGUAGAUUUCCCCCUCCUAAGUUGCAACAAGAUCAGAUACCUUCCCCUUCUAUUAGAAAUCUGAAUUUUCAAUCGCCAACAAAUGGGGUCAGCACUGGAAGUCUUGCUACUCAUUUAAGCACUCCUCCUGGCCCCCCUGUUUUUACUUCCCCCGUUCAGCCUGCUGCUGUGCCUUUCCGAACUUCUCCAGCAACUCCUCAGCCAUUUGCUUUCUCAUCAGGUUCAACAUUGCCCACAUCUUCACCUCCUCAUUUCUCAAAUGGGUCAGCUGACUUGCAACACCAGGUUCUGAAUGCUACAGAAGACUCGGUACCAGUUACGAAUUCACUGUGUGUUUUGUUCUCAGCUCAUAAGGUGUUGAAACAGAAGAAAGUAGCAAAUGUACCUAGUUUGGGUUUUGGGGCUUUGGUCUCUCCUGGGAGGGAGAUUUCACCAGGGCUUCAAGUAAUACAACGUGAUCCCCAUCGAUGCCAAAACUGUGGAGCUUAUGCAAAUCUCUAUUGCAAGAUUCUGCUUGGCUCAGGCCAAUGGCAGUGUGUGAUUUGUCGGAAACUGAAUGGAAGUGAAGGGGAAUACAUUGCUCCAAGCAAAGAAGAACUUCGAGGUCUUCCGGAACUGUCAUCACCUGUGGUUGAUUACAUUCAGACUGCAAACAAAAGACCUGGUUUUAUUCCGGUUUCUGAUUCCAGAAUGUCUGCACCCGUUAUCCUUGUUGUAGAUGAGUGUUUAGAUGAACCACAUCUCCAGCAUUUACAGAGCUCUUUGCAUGCAUUUGUUGAUUCACUUUCCCCAACAACAAGAGUUGGAAUUAUAUUGUAUGGCCGAACGGUUUCAGUUUAUGAUUUUUCAGAGGAAUCCAUGGCAUCCGCUGAUGUGCUGCCAGGUGACAAAUCUCCAACUCAGGAGUCAUUGAAAGCAUUGAUUUAUGGAACUGGAAUAUACAUGUCCCCAAUGCAUGCAUCUUUAGAAGUAGCGCACAAAAUAUUUUCAUCCCUGAGGCCAUACAAGUCGAACAUUCCAGAGUCGUCCAGAGAUCGAUGCCUGGGUGCUGCAGUUGAGGUUGCUCUGGCUAUAGUUCAAGGGCCAUCAGCAGAAAUGUCUCGUGGGGUGGUUAAACGAGCAGGAGGGAAUAGCAGAAUAAUUGUGUGCGCUGGUGGACCUAAUACUUACGGUCCUGGAUCCGUCCCGCAUUCUUUUACCCACCCAAAUUAUCCUUACAUGGAAAAGACAGCAAUGAAAUAUAUGGAGCAUUUAGGUCAAGAGGCUCAUCAGCACAAUACAGUUGUUGACAUCCUAUGUGCUGGGACCUGCCCUGUCAGAAUUCCUAUUUUGCAACCUCUUGCAAAAGCUUCUGGAGGUGUUUUGGUUCUUCACGAUGACUUUGGAGAAGCCUUUGGAGUGAACUUGCAAAGGGCAUCUGCCAGGGAAGCAGGUUCCCAUGGUUUUUUGGAGAUACGCUGUUCUGAUGAUAUUUUUGUUACCCAGGUUGUUGGUCCAGGUGAAGAGGCACAUGUAGACACUCACGAAACAUUUAAAAUUGACAAUGCUCUCUCCAUACAAAUGCUAAGUGUUGAAGAAACACAGAGUUUUGCUCUCUCCAUGGAGACCAAACGAGACAUCAAGAGUGAUUUUGUUUUUUUCCAGUUCGCAAUUCAAUUUUUAAGUUUCUAUCAAGCUGAUGUUUCGAGGGUGAUUACUAUCAGACUGCCAACUGUUGAUAGUGUUUCGGCAUAUCUUGAAAGUGUACAAAAUGAAGUGGCAGCAGUCCUUAUUGCCAAGAGGACCCUGUUGCGUGCGAAAGGUCACUCUGAUGCAAUUGAUAUGCGGGCAACAAUUGAUGAACGGAUCAAAGAUAUUGCUCUGAAAUUUGGGUCUCAGGUGCCAAAAUCAAAACUUCAUCGAUUCCCCAAAGAACUCUCUCUGUUGCCUGAGCUCCUAUUCCAUCUCAGAAAGGGUCCGCUCUUGGGAAGCAUUGUUGGCCAUGAAGAUGAGAGAUCUGUUUUGCGGAAUUUAUUUUUGAAUGCUUCUUUUGAUCUCUGUCUUCGUAUGGUAGCACCACGCUGUUUGAUGCACCGCGAAGAGGGUACGUUUGAGGAAUUGCCAGCUUAUGACCUUGCCAUGCAGUCUGAUACAGCUGUUGUACUUGACCAUGGUACAGAUGUCUUCAUUUGGUUGGGUGCUGAACUUGCUGCUGAUGAAGGGAAAAGUGCAGCAGCUUUAGCAGCUUGCAGAACGUUAGCUGAAGAGCUCACUGAAUUGCGGUUUCCAGCUCCCCGCAUCCUUGCAUUCAAGGAGGGGAGCUCUCAGGCUCGAUAUUUUGUUUCUCGGUUGAUACCAGCCCACAGAGAUCCUCCUUAUGAGCAGGAAGCAAGAUUCCCACAGCUUCGAUCUUUGACAGCAGAACAGCGGACAAAACUGAAAAGCAGCUUUAUUCAUUUCGACGAUCCUAGUUCCUGUGAAUGGAUGCGAAAUUUGAGAGUGUUACCACCAGAACCAAGCUAAGCAACUUUUUUUUUUAAAAAAAUUUGGUGGGAACCCUUAUCUCCAAAGAGGAAUUGUGCCUACUCUUGCGAAUGGAAAUCUGUCUCUUCUUUUGGCUGCCAAUGCUUGGCAGUAUAUUUUUCUAUUUUCGUUUUCAUUUUUUACAUAGAAACAUUUAUACUUGUCUUUGAUUCAAACAUUGAAUUUUUUACAAUUGUACCAUCAAUUAUGUUUCUUUCUAGAUUAAUAAAUCUCUCUUUUGGUUCAA